AUGGCUGGCAGCCUGUUUGGAAGGCUCUCCCUGGAGGAAGGGGACUCGGCCAACUCCCUGGAGGGCCUGGGAAUCAAGCUGGAUGGAGAAGCCAUGCAUCAGGCCCUGGACACACUGAGUGACAGCACAAGCUCUACAACCGCCAACGACCUGGACCUCAUCUUCCUCAAAGGCAUUAUGGAGAGCCCUGUGGCCCAUGAGCGAUUCGAGGAGCCAAAGCUGGAGGCUGUGAGGGACAACAACAUGGAGCUGGUCCAGGACAUCCUCAAGGAUCUCGGGCCGCUCGCACAGAGGAGCCAGGCAGCCGACGAGCUGGCCGACAUCCUGAAGGAACCCCACUUCCGGUCGCUCCUGGAGACCCACGAUUCUGUGGCCUCCAAGAACUAUGAGACCCCUCCUCCCAGCCCCUGCUCCUUCAUGGACUCAGCCCUCAACAACCAGCCGGUGCCUCCAGACGCAGUUAGGAUGGUGGGGAUCCGAAAGGUGUCCGGUGAACACCUGGGAGUGACAUUUCGAGUAGAGAGCGGCGAGCUGGUGAUUGCCAGGAUCCUCCACGGGGGCAUGAUCGACCAGCAAGGUCUGCUGCACGUGGGUGACAUCAUCAAGGAGGUGAACGGCAAAGAGGUGGGCAACGACCACAAAGCGCUCCAGGAGAUGCUGAAGGAGGCCAGCGGCAGCGUGGUGCUGAAGAUCCUGCCCAGCUACCAGGAGCCACACACACCAAGACAGGCCUUCGUCAAGUGUCACUUUGACUACGACCCCUCUCACGAUAACCUGAUUCCCUGUAAGGAGGCGGGGCUCGGCUUCAACAGCGGAGACAUUCUGCAGAUCUUUAACCAGGAGGACCUCAACUGGUGGCAGGCCUGUCACAUAGAGGGAGGCAGCGCGGGCCUCAUUCCCAGUCAGCUCCUUGAGGAGAAGAGGAAAGCUUUUGUGAAGAGAGAUCUGGAGCUCACUACCACAGGUCCUCUGUGUGCCGGGAUGGGCGGCAAGAAGAAAAAAAAGAUGAUGUAUUUGACCACCAAGAAUGCAGAAUUUGAUCGGCAUGAGUUGCGGAUCUACGAAGAGGUCGCCAAGGUCCCGCCUUUCAGGAGGAAGACGCUUGUUCUGAUUGGUGCCCAGGGGGUCGGCCGUCGCAGUCUGAAGAACAAGCUGCUGGUGUCGGAUCCCCAGCGGUACGGCACCACCAUACCCUUCACUUCCAGAAAACCAAAGGUGGACGAGAGGGACGGCCAGAUGUACUCCUUCAUGACCCGCAGUGAAAUGGAGUGUGACAUUAAAAACGGCCGUUUCUUGGAGCACGGUGAGUACGACGGGAACCUGUAUGGCACGAAGAUCAACUCCAUCCACGAGGUGAUAGACACAGGAAAGAUCUGCAUCCUGGACGUCAACCCGCAGGCCAUCAAAGUCCUGCGGACGUCAGAGUUCCUGCCUUAUGUUGUUUUCAUUGAAGCCCCAGACUUUGAGGUUCUUAAAGCCAUGAAUCGUACUGCAAAAGAGUCAGGAGUCAUCACAAAACAGUUAACGGACUCUGAACUAAAGAGGACAGUGGACGAGAGCGAGCGCAUCAAAAGAGCCUACGAACAUUACUUUGACAUCUGCAUCAUAAACGAUGGCCUGGAGGCGGCUUUCCGAAGUCUACGGCUGGCGCUGGACAAACUGGCAUCGGAGCAGCAGUGGGUGCCCGUCAGCUGGGUCUUCUGA